CCUCGCAGGAUGAAUGGCCCCGAGCUCGGCAGAGGGAUCUGGGCUGGGAGGAUCCCCGGCUCUCCCUCACUCCUGUCCCACCCUCGCAGGAUGAAUGGCCCCGAGCUCGGCAGAGGGAUCUGGGCUGGGAGGAUCCCCGGCUCUCCCUCACUCCUGUCCCACCCUCGCAGGAUGAAUGGCCCCGAGCUCGGCAGAGGGAUCUGGGCUGGGAGGAUCCCCGGCUCUCCCUCACUCCUGUCCCACCCUCGCAGGAUGAAUGGCCCCGAGCUCGGCAGAGGGAUCUGGGCUGGGAGGAUCCCCGGCUCUCCCUCACUCCUGUCCCACCCUCGCAGGAUGAAUGGCCCCGAGCUCGGCAGAGGGAUCUGGGCUGGGAGGAUCCCCGGCUCUCCCUCACUCCUGUCCCACCCUCGCAGGAUGAAUGGCCCCGAGCUCGGCAGAGGGAUCUGGGCUGGGAGGAUCCCCGGCUCUCCCUCACUCCUGUCCCACCCUCGCAGGAUGAAUGGCCCCGAGCUCGGCAGAGGGAUCUGGGCUGGGAGGAUCCCCGGCUCUCCCUCACUCCUGUCCCACCCUCGCAGGAUGAAUGGCCCCGAGCUCGGCAGAGGGAUCUGGGCUGGGAGGAUCCCCGGCUCUCCCUCACUCCUGUCCCACCCUCGCAGGAUGAAUGGCCCCGAGCUCGGCUCCAGCUCCAGCCCCACGGCCAAGGAGGAUCCCGCGGGGAACGGGCACCAGGAGAAGGAGAACAACCCCUUUGCAGAGUACAUGUGGAUGGAGAACGAGGAGGACUUCAACAGGCAGGUGGAGGAGGAGCUGCAGGAGCAGGAGUUCCUGGACCGCUGCUUCCAGGAGAUGCUGGAGGAGGAGGAGCAGGAUUGGUUCAUCCCGGCGCGGGACCUUCCCCAGGGCAUGGGGCAGCUCCAGCAGCAGCUGCACGGGCUGGCCGUGGGGGACGGCCACGGCAACGAGGACAUCCUGGUGAGGAGAACGGCAGCUGCCCCUGCUGGCAUUGUCCAGGCCCUGGCAUUGUCCCAUCCCUGGCAUUGUCCCAUCCCUGGGAUUGUCCCAUCCCUGGCAUUGUCCCAUCCCUGGCAUUGUCCCUUGGAAUUGUCACAUCCUUGGAAAUAUCCCAUCCCUGGAAUUCUCCAAUCCUUGGAAUUCUCCUAUCCCUGGGAUUAUUCCUUGGGAUUAUCCCACCCCUGGAAAUAUCCCAUCCCUGGAAUUUUUCUGUCCCUGGGAUUCUUCCUUGGGAUUAUCCCAUCCUUAGAAUUAUCCCAUCCCAGGAAUUGGCCCAUCCCUGGGAGUAUUCAUUGGAAUUGUCGCAUCCUUGGAAUUGUCCCAUCCUUGGAAUUGUCGCAUCCUUGGAAUUGUCCCAUCCUUGGAAUUGUCCUAUCCAUGGAAAUUUCCAAUCAAUGGAAUUGUCCCAUCCUUAGAAUUGUCAAAUCCCAGGAAUUAUCCCAUCCUUGGAAUUGUCCCAUCCAUGGAAAUUUCCAAUCCUUGGAAUUGUCCCAUCCAUGGAAAUUUCCAAUCCUUGGAAUUGUCCUAUCCAUGGAAAUUUCCAGUCAGUGGAAUUGUCCCAUCCUUGGAAUUGUCAAAUCCCAGGAAUUGUCCCAUCCUGGAAUUCUCCUAUCCAUGGGAUUCUUCCUUGGGAUUAUCCCAUCCCUGGAAUUGGUCCAUCUUUGGAAUUGUCCCAUCCCUGUAAUUAUUCCAUCCAUGGAAUUGUCAAAUCCUUGGAUUUCUUCAGUCCCUGGAAUUGUCUGAGUCCUUGGAAUUGUCCCAUCCCUGGAAUUGUCCCAUCCCUGGAAUUGUCAAAUCCUUGGAAUUGUCCCAAUCCUUGGAAUUGUCAAAUCCCAGGAAUUGUCCCAUCCUGGAAUUCUCCUAUCCAUGGGAUUCUUCCUUGGGAUUAUCCCAUCCCUGGAAUUGGUCCAUCUUUGGAAUUGGCCCAUCCCUGUAAUUAUUCCAUCCAUGGAAUUGUCAAAUCCUUGGAAUUGUCCAAUCCCUGGAAUUGUCCCAUCCUAGGAAUUCUGCCAUCCCUGCAAUCCCCAUGUCUCUCAUCUCCAGCUGUGACAAAUGUAGGAAACCCCUGGAAUUCUGACACAUCCCAUUCCAAAUUUUUUUUUUUUUUUUU